AUGACUACCCAGGCAGCCUUUUUCUGCGAAACGUGCAAUCUUCCCUUUCACCGCAAAGAGCAUUAUCAGCGACAUCUGCGCACUCAUACAAAAGAAAAGCCUUUCUCGUGCUCCGAAUGUGGACAGAGCUUCGGUAGGGUCGACUCACUUGCCCGUCAUCACACAGCCCUCCACCUUGGCACCGAGGGUCAAGACAGCCGCAGCCGUCAGAGUGAGCGCCGUCGCGUAUCUCAGGCUUGUAAACCAUGCGGUGCAUCCAAGGUGAGAUGCGACGGCGAGCGCCCGUGUCAACGGUGUCGACGACAGGAUAUUCACUGCUACUACGAGCCCCAUGCAAAACGAAAGAUGUCUGAGGCCGGCUCCGACAGGUCCAGCGCUAAACGAGACAGAGCCGACAGUACUGUUAGUGCCGACGUUGUUGAGACAAUCAAUGUCGAUACCAGCCUUGUCACCGAUAACUCGCCAAUUUCGCCUCCUGCAACCGUCCACGAUAAUGGCUCUAACGAGGUCGCUCACGCUGAUGUCUACAUCCCGCAUCAGGAUCCUUUCAAUGAGCCCUCCCAGACCGAAGAUCCGAACACCAACGUUCAGCCUCUCGAUCCCCUUCUGGAAGUGCACCAAGCUACAUCCGCCGAAGUGGUAGAACAAACUGGCAUUGCUUUUGGUGACAAUAGCAUGUUCAUGGACUUUGAUAUUACAAAUGCUUUACCCACCCCCUCCAUGAUCUUUGGAAAUCCGUUCGAAACCACAGACUGGCUCAAUUCCAGUAGCGACCAAUCUUUUUCGUCUCUCUUCCUGCAGAACGACCUAACCUUUGAUACCAUCAACGAAGCCUGGUUCGAUCAGGCCAGUUACAGGAUGCCCCAACUACAACAACAACAACCCGUCGCAUCACUACCUACACCGGCUUCUUCAAUGAUCGAUCAAUCAGCGGUCGCAGAGCUCUACAGUCGCAGCCACUCUCCAACCAUUGAUAGAGACGCUGUUGAGCCGAGAGAAUAUGUUCCCGUCUCGAUCGAGAUCGAUGCGCAACUCACGUUCCCUGAUUUGUCCCAUCUUGUCGCAGAGGAUGUUGAUGGGGAGAACCUGGCCCACGUGGAGGAGAUUCCCGACGACAUUUGCAGAAAAGUCACUCAGGCAGCUAUAGAGAUGCAGAACAGUAGCAACUAUCCUCGUUUUAGGCACUUGGCUAUUCCUCCAACGCCAGUGUUGAAUGCCUGGGUGCAGCUGUACUUUGAGUAUUUCCAUCCCGUGCUGCCCAUUUUGCACAAGUCGACAUUUUCUUCAUCCAAGAGACAUUGGUUGCUUGUUUUCACUGUCGCUGCUAUUGGAGCACAUUUCUCGAGUAUCAAGGAAGCUCAAGCGUGCUCCAGAGCAAUGCACGAGCUUAUUCGUCGACAGACCUCAACUAUGUGUGAACUACAGAACUCCAACGGCCGAGAGCUCUGGAUGUCUCAGACCAUUCUUCUCAACCAAAUAGGACUUCGAUACGGCGGUGAACGCAGGUCCUUGGAAAUUGCAGAGUUCCUACAGGCGUUACCUGUGACCCUCGGAAGGCGUAAGCGUCUUUUUACGAAUAUGUUUCCAAUGGACAAGUUUGCCCAGCUUCAGUUGCCGCGGACGCAGAAAUGGCAGAUCUGGCUGCUCGAUGAAGAGCGUCGAAGGAGCGGAUUUGCAAUUUGGCUGUUGGACUCGGUCUUUGAUGCGCAUUUUGACCUUCCGCGACUCAUGAGGCUUUCUGAGCUGCAAAUAUCGCUCCCUCAGCCCGAUGAUCGCUGGGGCGCUUCAACAGCGCAGUGCUGGGCGAAUUAUCCUGCUGUCGGAAAUUCGAGUGUUGGCGGGCUUCCCACCAUGGAGCGCGUGAUUGUAGACGAUAGCUGGCGAUUCGUCUGGUCGAAAACCAACACUCUGGGCAAGCAGGUCAUGCUUCAGCAUCUGUCCAAUAUCAUCAAGGACCAAAGCGCAAGCCAGCCUGGCACAAGCGGCUUUUCUUGUCACGAUAAGCUGAAGGCUUCAAAUGUCCUGACAGAAUUCCUUGCACUUAUUGAGAAUGACCAGGCAGAGCAGUCUCUCGACGAGGUCAAGGCGUCAACAACGCAUAAGAUUAUGGCUUUGACUGCUUUGAUGACCCAUCACACUCCCAUCCAGAAUCCCCUUCCUACGGUUGUGAGAUACAUAUACGGGAAGCUGGACGACUCACACCGGGAGCAGAUCCGAAACCGGUGGAGAAGUGCGCCAGGCCAGGGAAGGCUCGGAUGCUUCUACGCAGCGCGCAUUCUUCACCUUGUGCGGUCGAGUCGAUGCUCACACUUUGGUACGCCUGUGUCGUUGCUGCGGGCCGUGCUGGUUCUCUGGCUCUACUCGGCACUUGCAGAGCGCGUUCAAGACGGGUUUUUGUACUCCCCGACCGCCACGACUGUGGUACUGGGGCCAAAGGCCCUAGAUAACAUGGAGAAUAACGACUGGAUCGAAGGCGGGUGGAGCCGAGUCAAGCUGCCGGGGAUCGGUAACUUGUUGUGUGCAGAGGGCCGAGGCAAGCUGCUAGAUGAGGCAGUAGUGCUUAUGAAAUCGUUGAAAGCCUGGGGGAUCAGUACUACAUAUGUACAGAUCCUGCUUCGUCUCCGAGCGAGAGAGGCGACUUGUAUGGCUGAAGGUCAGUGA